GUUUGCAGUCAACACGAACCACGACGAAACCACGUGUUUGUUGUGUGCGACGAUGAGCGAGGAGGAGCCCAAGUCGGCGUUCAGCAACGAUGGCGCCGAGGCGAUGACCCGAGGCGUUGCUGUCGGGGACGAGAGUGCGGUGACGCCAGAGGACAUGGAGACCUUCUUUGAACUCUCGCGUUGCACCAACGCGGUUGCAAACCACCCAGGAAACAAGAUUGCACUGCAGUUCCCGGACGAACUGCUCCACUAUGGCGUGACUGUCACCGAGGAGCUGAAAUCUCGCACGGGCAAGGAGUUCUAUCUCUUGGCCGACACCACCUUUGGCAGCUGUUGCGUGGAUGAAGUGGCUGCAGAGCACGUGGAUGCAGAUGUUGUCAUCCAUUUCGGCAACUCCUGUCUGAGCAGAACGAGCCGGUUGCCUGCCCUGUAUGUGUUUGGAAAGUAUCCACUUGACCAACAAGCGCUGCUUGAGUACGUCACCAAACUUGCCGAAGAGGAUGCAUCAGAAGUACACGUGCUCUUCGACGUGCGCUAUCAGCACCACCAAUCCGCUGUCGAGGCAGCAGCUGAACGCUAUUCUCACGUGCACGUCGUUGGAGUUGACGCCGCGUUCACAUCGGCCGAGCCGGCACCGGCCAUCCCACACAGCCACCGCAGCGGCGACAGCAACGAUGGCGACGAUGGUGAGGAGCAACACAAACCACGCAGACCACAACAGCCACCAAGGUUUGGCCGGUAUGACCCUUCGUUCACCAAUGAGGCUGCAAGCGGACAUCGCUUCCUCUUCGUUGGGGCACCAACGUCGCGGCUGCUGAUGAACCACAUGCUCUACUUCAGUCAAAGCACGUUCUUCACGUUUGAUCCGGCGACGGGCGCGGGCCGACAGGAGACGGCGCGCGUGAACCGUCAGCUGAUGAAGCGCUAUUUCCUCAUCCAAAAGGCAAAGGACGCAGGCACUGUUGGGCUUGUUGUCGGCACGCUCGGAUCAGCUGAUUACAAGGGCGUCACCGACCGCCUGCGCACGAUGCUGCGCGCAUGCGGGAAGAAGGACUACACGCUGCUCGUCGGGAAGAUUAAUCCGGCAAAGCUCGCAAACUUUGAUGAGAUUGACAUUUACUGCCUCGUCGCCUGUCCUGAGCACUCGCUGAUUGACAGCGCCGAGUUCUACCGGCCGGUCAUCACCCCAUAUGAGCUCGAGCUCGCCUGUGCGCCAGCGCGGGAGUGGGGCGGAUUCCUGGAGAGCGAUUUCCGCCAGCUCGUGCCCAUGAUUGACGAGGACCUGAACGCGCUGCUUGAUGGCGAUGGCGAUGACGAGAGGGAGCCGCACUUCUCACUCAUCAGCAACGCCUACAUCGACCACAGCGACCGCAAGCAAGAGCUUGUGCGGACAGACAGGGGAGAGAUUGUUGCCCGUGAUGACAACACGACGCUGGCGCAAUACGGGGGUGGAUUUCUGCAGACGCGGACGUAUCAAGGGCUGCAGCAGCGGCUUGGCGAGACGGAGGUGAGCAAGGCGAUACAGGGCAGGACCGGUGUGCCCAUCCAAUACGACGAGGAGCCAGACACAUCCACGCACGAUGGCGGUGACAAGGCGUGAUGCGGUGGUGUGUUGUGUGUUGUCUGUGUGUGUGUGUAUGUGUGUGCAGUAGUUGUUGGCGAUGUUUUCUGCUGUUUACAUCGUGGACAUGAACGCAUCAAGAGUAAAUGGAAACGAAGCGCCCUGUUUCUCAAACGAAAAGGAGGCAACUUGCC